AUGUCUAGCAAAGCAAAUCCUUCUAAGAAAAGGUCUCAACAUUUAAAAAGAAAUCCAAAAAGAAAAAUUGAUAAUGAAGAAGCGGAGUUAUCAGAGGAAGAGGUUAGAAACACAGCGAAAAAAAAUAAAAGUCAUCCAAAACACCUGUCUUCUGAAGGACAAGCAAAGCAUACUAAUCUAAAACAGGUAAAGAUCGCAACCCACAAGAGAAAAACCUGGCAACCUCUUUCGAAGAGUAGCAGAGAACAUUUGCAAACUAUGAUGGAAUCAGUAAUAAUAGCAAUUUUGAGUAACAGUAUUAGAGAAAAUGAAAAAGUUCAGUAUCAUCUGAACUUCCUAAAGAAAAGAUUGCUGCAACUGUGUGAAACCCUGAAAGUCCCUCCCAAAAAGCAGCAAGAUUUAACUCAUGUGUCAAGUCUACUGAAAAUGGAAAGGGCACAGCACAGAGCUAAUGAAGAGGGUCUGGCAUUAUUGCAGGAAGAAAUAGAUAAAAUAGUGGAGACCGUAGAGUCAAUGACUGGGGAUAUUCACAGCCUAAAGAACAAAGUUCAUGUUCUGAGAAAUGAGGUAGAAGAAGAGGAAAGGAAGGUAAAACAGAUGUUUCAAAUAGAUAGUGAGGUACUCUCUCUUCCCGAACUUUCUCAGAAGAGUCUCAAAGCACCCAUACUUCAGAAAGAAAUUUUGAUGCUAAUUCCAAACCAGAAUGCUCUUCUGAAGGACUUAGAUGUUCUCCAUAAUUCACCCCAGAUGAAAAACAUGUUAACUUUCAUUGAAGAAGUCUAUAAAAGACUGGAUGCGUCUUAA